AAUGCCUGGUCAUUUUCCCGGGUGGAGCGCAGGAGAAAAAGAAGAGGAGGAGAAGGGGGGACGGGCGAUGUCUCACCGGAAGUUCGAGCACCCGAGACAUGGCUCUCUCGGCUUCCUCCCCAGGAAGCGGUCGUCUCGCCAUCGCGGGAAGGUGAAGUCCUUCCCAAGAGAUGAUCCAAGCAAGCCCUGCCGGCUCACAAGCUUCCUUGGUUACAAGGCUGGAAUGACUCACAUUGUUAGGGAUGUGGACAAGCCAGGAUCGAAACUUCAUAAGAAGGAAACCUGCGAGGCAGUGACUGUGAUCGAAACUCCUCCGAUGAUUGUUGUUGGAGUUGUUGGUUAUAUCAAGACCCCACGUGGCCUUCGCACAUUGAAUACAGUUUGGGCUCAGCAUUUGAGUGAGGAGGUAAGAAGGAGAUUCUAUAAAAAUUGGUACAAAUCCAAGAAGAAGGCGUUCACAAAGUACUCAAAGAAGUAUGAGAAUGAAACUGGGAAGAAGGAGAUUCAAGCUGAGCUGGAGAAGAUGAAGAAGUAUGCAUCCGUUGUCCGUGUCCUUGCUCAUACUCAGAUUAGAAAAAUGAAGGGCCUGAAACAGAAGAAGGCUCACCUCAUGGAGAUCCAGGUGAAUGGUGGAUCGGUGGCUGAGAAGGUUGAUUAUGCGUACAAGUUCUUCGAAAAACAAAUCCCAGUGGAUGCAGUUUUCCAGAAAGAUGAGAUGAUCGAUAUUAUUGGUGUUACCAAGGGUAAGGGUUACGAGGGAGUUGUGACGCGUUGGGGAGUCACCCGCCUUCCCCGCAAGACCCAUCGUGGACUUCGCAAGGUUGCUUGUAUUGGUGCUUGGCAUCCUGCUAGGGUCUCCUUCACUGUUGCUAGGGCUGGGCAGAAUGGGUAUCACCACCGCACUGAGCUGAACAAGAAGAUAUACAAGCUGGGCAAGGCUGGACACGAAUCCCAUAAUGGCAGCACAGAGUUUGAUAGGACGGAGAAGGAUAUUACGCCCAUGGGAGGAUUCCCCCACUACGGUGUGGUUAAGGACGACUACAUUCUCAUCAAGGGUUGCUGCGUUGGUCCUAAGAAGCGAGUGGUGACGCUCCGUCAGUCGCUGUUGAAGCAGACAUCUCGAGUCGCCAUGGAGGAGAUCAAGCUCAAGUUCAUCGACACCUCCUCCAAGUUUGGCCAUGGCCGUUUCCAAACAGCACAGGAGAAGGCCAGGUUUUACGGACGGCUCAAGGCCUGAGAACGCUAAGUCAGGCAAAAUCACUUUUUGGAUAGAUACGGUUGAGUUACUGUUUUCAUGCGGACUGUUGAGAUACUAUCCAUUCCCAGUCCCCUGUUGCGAACCAAUUCUUCUUCCUUUGAUUUUGUUGUUUCUCUACAAUAUUAAGUUCAUUUUUGUCUUAAAA